UCCUUGCUAGAAGGGAAAGCUUUUUUUACUACAGAUUUCUACUGAAAUACAUUACUUUUUUUAUUGAAAGUAGACAUUAUGAAUUACUUUGAUUAACUGCAAAACCAGUUAGUUAGUGGUCAAAGUUAAAUUUUUGACUCGGGGCAAACCUAAAAUAAUAUAUUUGUUCGAAGAGAGUACCUAGUUUUGGAUAUCGACAAGAUUCCGCUGUUGUAUAUAUACUGUGGAUUACAGAGUACACAGAUUCAUAUAGAACACUCUUAGGAUUAUUAGGGUACCCAAUGAAAAACUAAUAGUUUCGGCUUCGUGAGAUCUAGAAUUCGAGAAGCUUUGCACUCAAGCUAUAAAGGUAGCUUAACUAAUUUUGCCACACAUGCAAUGAUUGACUAAUAAGGUAACGAAAAUGGUCAACUAAGUUUAGGCAAAUUUAGGUAAGAAGCUAAAUCUAUGGCGGGCCAGGGGGCUAAUAACAAGGUAGGCAAAUUUAACAGAAAACAAAAGUUGGUUUUAAAGUUGUGGUUCCCUGAACAUUCAUUCUAAUGAAAAGUUCUUACUAGGUCAAUGUUUCACCUAAUGCUAAACAGUGUUCAGCAAUAGUUCAGCUAAUUAUUUGCCAAAACGAUGGUUUAAUCAGCUAAAUUAUUUAGGUAGCACCCAUAGCAUUUUCAUCGAGCUAACAGCCGUUCAGGUGAAGAUGGCUUGGUGGGGGGUUUUUUUUCCCCACUAUAGACCGUGAUUAUAAUAAAACAAAAUUAGGCAAGCAAACAAGUCCGUGGUUCGAACGGCGAUCCAAAUUUAGGCUCGUUUGAUAGGGUUUCGGCUCUUGAAUGCCGCUGCAAAUUUUUAUUGCAAAUGUAUUUUGUUUGCUCGCAGUAAUAUGAUAUGUGAAAAAAUUACUAGAAGGUGUAGCCGUAAAAGAUAUAAAAAAAAAGUUCAAGCCGCGCCACACAGUCUUGAAUUUCUCUUCCACGUCAUCACCACAGCCCGCACAGCCUUUAAAGCGUGCCGAGCGAAUCGGACGGCUCGUGUCCCCUCGUCCCUGAUCCGACGGCCAGCGUGGCCUCCGCUCGCCUUAAAGCGGAAGCGUCCUCUCCCUCUCCCGGGCGGUUACCAGUCAGCUGGCAAGGCUCUCUGCUCCGCCCCCGCAGCCGCAGCGCCGCCCGCCACCCUCGCCGUCGGGUCGCCCCCGCGCCCACCUGCCGAGCUCAUUCAUUCACAACCCCCCUCAGUCCCCACCUCCCCCUCUCCCCUCGCACCCCAGACCUCACGCAUUGCACGCCGCGCCGCGCAGCAGAUCGCGAGCUCCAGCUCCAGCUCCACCCCCAAAUGGUGAGCGCGUCCAGCCUGCUGCUCCCCACCUCCGUGCGGGACCUCGCCUCCUGCGUCUCCGACGGCGCCGUCCGCGUCGCCUGCACCACGCCGGCGUCCACGCUCGCUGCCGCCCCCGCCGCGGGCUCCCCCUCUCCGCCGCCGCCGGCCACCCUCUCCGUCGCCGUGUCCUACCGCGCCAUCCCGCUCUCCCCGUCCUCGCAGCCGCUCCUCCUCCGCCUCACCUGGUCCCACUCCCCUGUCGGGCCCCCGACGCUCUCCUUCGCCGGGCCCGCUGGCUCCUCCCCCGCCGUCCUCCUCCGCCGCCGCAGGGGCACCCGCUCCCUCCCCUCCGGCGACCCGCGGCACCCCCCGCUCGCCCUCUUCUGGGACCUCACCGCCGCCAGGUACGCCGCCGCGUCGUCCCCGGAGCCGGUCUCCGGGUUCUACUUCGUCGCCGUCGCCGACGCGCAAGUCGUCCUGGCGGUCGGCGACCUCGCCGCCGAGUUCGUCAAGGCCAAGUUCGAGGGCCAGAUCCCCAAGGCACGGUUCCUCCCCGUCGCGCGCGCGGACCGCGUCGUGGCGGCGCCCGACAACGCGAUGCACAGCGCGCGCGUCCGCUUCGCGGAGGGCGCGCCGGAGCACGAGGUCAGCGUCGGCUGCGCCACCACCUCCUCCGGGGGCGGCGAGGAGCUCUGGGUCAGCGUCGACGGGAAGCGCGCCGUGCACGCGCGCCGCCUGCGCUGGAACUUCCGGGGCAACCAGACGGUGUUCGUCGACGGCGCCCCCGUCGACGUCCUGUGGGACCUGCACGGCUGGUGGUUCCGGGACCCGCCGGGGUGCGCCGUCGUGAUGCUGCGGGCGAGGAGCGCACUCGAGAGCAGGCUCUGGCUGGAGGAGGAGGCCGCUGCGCCGGGCUUCGCGCUCGUCGUGCAGGCCAUCAAGACGCCGCCUUGAUGGAUGCUCACUGCUUCAGGCUUCAGCGCUCCCAAGAGGUACGGUGGCCAUUAUGUAAUUAGGAAGAUCAGGAUUAUUAUCAUCGUGCAGCAAAAAUAAAUUAUAAUGCGAAAGUACACAUCAAGAUGUCCAGCCCGUCACUACAAGAAAGAAGGAAGCGAGAACAAUGGAGUUUCAGAUGCCUUCACUACAAAGCACUGACAUAUUGCCGAAGUACCACGAGUAACUGUUGUACCACCAAAGUUAAAGGAGGAUCGAGUAAUAAAGAAACGAUUAGAAUCCUGUCAGUUCAAUUAACGUUAUGUACUUAAACAUGCAUAUACGUUUGGUCCCUUUCUAUCCCUGCUAUUUGAAAUCUUAAAGGUCUGUAAACUGCUA